GGUACCAGAAGGCUCAUUCUGAGAUCUUUACCUCAAAUUCUUUUCCAACUCCGAAACGCCUAGAGCUGCUCUAAUCUUCCGGGACACAAUGGCAGCUUCCAGAACGGUCACGAGAUUAUGGCAAUGCAUGUUCACCCUAUGGUUCAUGCAGUUCACCUCGGUGGCAGCACGCACACUCAUUCGCGACUUUGCAACUGGGGGCUGCGGACGCACCCUUCCUGCAGGACAACAGAAUGGCAACACGGCAAAUGUGACCAUCCAGAGCGACAGCCUCACACGAAGUUACCUCGUUUUCGUGCCCCCACAUUACAAUCCAUAUAUACCCACCUCGGUCAUCUUCAGUUAUCACGGUGGAUCCAGGACGGCGCAGAGUCAACAGCAGCUCGAUCAGUUGACCAAUCCCGAGUUCAAUACGGCAUCUCUGGUCAUUUACCCCCAGGGAGUCAAUAAUACCUGGCAGGGCGUCCCGGGCAUCACCACCAACGAUGUGCUAUUCACAGCCGACAUCCUUGCCGACGUUGAAUCACGUUACUGCAUUGAUCCUCACCGCGUCUUCGUGACCGGGAAGUCUGAUGGCGGUGGAUUCUGCAACGUCCUGGCUUGCGACCCGAACCUGUCUUCUCGCUUCGCGGCAUUUGCCCCGGUGUCCGGAGCCUACUAUGUCGAUACGUUGCCCUGCAAUGCGACUACCGUUAACCUGCCAUGCUCUCCGUCCAGACAUGACAUCCCGAUGCUUGCUUUCCACGGUGGAAACGACACAACCAUCUCCUACAACGGCGGCGAACGGAAGGAUGAGUGCCUCCCAACUAUCCCACAUUUCAUUGAAGAAUGGGCAGCUCGUGACCUCCUGAGUCCGAAGAACACGACAAUCCCCAUCGCCAACAACACGGUGCUGUACCGCUAUGACGCUGGGCUGGAAACAGGCCUGGUUGGGCUUGUGUAUGAUGCCGUCAUCGGGCACGACUGGCCCAGCACGGCACCAAAUGCUGAUAACCAGGUGGCCGGCCAUCAUCUCGCGAGCUUCAACGCGACUCCGAUUAUCCUCGGCUUUUUUGCAACUCAUCCUCUGAUAGUCUUGUAAUCGUGCCGUUAGGUAGCUUCAGUGGCCAAAAGCAUAUUUCUGAAAAGC